AUGAGUAAAAAACUGUCAUUGGAGGAGUUUUUAGGAGAUGGUAUUCUAGGUGAGUCGGUCUGGAACGAAGACGAGAUCAACCUCGAUGCUAUUAACAACACUACUAAUCUAGAUAUCCUGAAGACGAAGUCCACCGAACAUGGGAAUGCUAGAACACCACACUUUGGUCCCGGUAUGAAUGGCCCAGGUGGACCUGGCGGCUCUUCUGGAAGUAUGCAAUCGCCAUCUAUGGGUGGUAGAGUCCACGCACCACCUACUAAUGUGAAUCCCAACGCUGAUUAUGUUGUUACGGGCCCACCUUACAUUAUAAAGUUUUCCAACUUGCCCCCAAGGUUUUCUGAGUUUGAUAUUAAGGAUCUAUUCCAAGCCAAGAGUACUCAAUAUGUCAAAUUUAAAUUGUUCUGGGAGCUGAACAAGAAUCCUUCAAUUGAUACCAUGAAAAACGGUACUGUAUUUGAAAAGAAUUUCAAGAAGAAUUGGAAAGUAGCAUUUGUUGAAUUGUUCACUGCUCGUGAUAUGGAUAAAAUAUUGAAAUUUUGGUCGACUCCAUUAAAAGAACUAUAUAACAUUCUAUUGACACCAGGUGAAUUCCCUGACUUUAAGGAAUAUAUUGCAAAAGCUACUUUAAUUACCGACCCAAACGAUGAUCCGGCAAAACCACACUUGGAGAAAGAGCUCGAACUUCAAAAAGAGGAGAAACUCAAAGAAAAAAAGACGUCUCCUGUUCCAACAACUAACAAGCCAAGUUAUUCUCAGAUAUUGGAAAAAUCCUUGAACUCUCCAUCACCGGCAGCUACUCCUCUCUCUGGUGGCUCAAGUGUUAUAAAUCAAAGCGGCCACACCAUGCAGCAUGGUGAUAAUUUAUCUAAAUAUUCAAAGCAUGAAACAAAUGAUAGUGAUGACGAAUUGAGCAAGAACUUCGAAGAUAAAGUAAACUUUGAUGAUAAUCAGUCAUCUAGCAAUGAUAAUAACGAUGGUUCACAAGCUGGUUCAUACAACGGUAACUACAAUAACUAUAAGCGUGGUUCUUCCAGAGGUUCUUAUAAUCGUGGUGGUAGAGGCAACUUUAAUGGUCGUGGUGGUAAUCGUGGAGGUUACAAUAGCCGUGGUAACUUUAAUAAUCGUGGAGGAUACCACAACCGUGAUGGUGCCAAUAAGGAUCAACAAAGAACUAAUAGCUACGGUAACCGUCAAGAUCGUAAAGAUAAUUAUUCAAAAAAUGAUGAUGAAAGAUCCAAUAGUAACAAAAGUGAUAAUGAUAGCUUGAGUGGCUUAUUCAAACCAGCUAGUGAUUUCUUGAGAGGCUCGGAUGAUAGAAAUUCCUCGAGAGGUGAUCGUGGGCGUGGUGGCCGUGGGUCUCAUAGAGGAGGUAGAUUCAGUACUAGAGGACAGGGCACUAACCGGUUUUGA